AUGGCAACGGCGGACUUUCUUGCACCGCUGCUAUCUGGAGUUCGUCAGCGACCCCAGGAUAUAAUCGAUGUAGAUGCUCUCGACGACGAGACAAUGACAAUACUUGGCACAGCCAGCCAGUUUCAAGAUUCCCGCGUACCCGAGGGCUCACGCAGUGCAUUCCAGAAUGCCGCUGCCGGUCCCAGCUCUACCUCGAUCAUCGUCGUAGAUAGCUCAGAAGACGAGGACGUUUCCAGCGUCAACGGCACUGCAAAUGUCCGCCCACAGCGCGUACGACCGCGCGCUCGACCACGUCCGCCACACGUUGUAUCGUUGGUACAAUUGACGGCAAAUGCAGCCAACAAUGCUCCCCCUCCAAUCGUUCCCAGCGCACAGCCGUUUCCUUUCGAAGCGCAGAUACAACAACCAGUACGGCGCGCCAAUAGCCCGCCCUUAUAUCUCCCGCCACCCGCUGCCGCCCCACGGUCGCAACAUCAACCUAUCAUGGGUCUCGGCGGUGGUCUCAUUGCUCUGAAUAGGCAGAACGUAAUCGACGAAGCCAAUCGCCGUCAGCGGGAAGCGGAAGCACACGCUCGACAGCAUGGGCCACACAACAUUUGGCACAAUCUCAACAUAGCUGGGAUGUGGAGGAAUGGCAUACUUGGAGGAGGAUACCACCUCCCUGGUCUAUGGCACGCAUCCGAUGACAAUGGUCAAUACGACCCCGGAGACCUCUAUGGGCUUGAUCUCUUUGGUGACGUGCUAGACGGGCUCUUUCAACGCAAUCGAGCCUUUGGCGCGCGGGGAACACAAGGUCGCAGUGCUGGGCCAAGCGACCCACUCUACAAACCCACGUACACUCAUCCCGAGACAGCCCCAGCCGGUUUCACGUUCGACUUUUCCCCGCCGGAUGCUCCGUCUAGUACACGGGCGCCAGCAGUCAUUGUGCUGGAUGACGACGACACUGCUGCUGUCGCUCACAACAGCAAGACAUCGUCCACAGCUGUUGAGACGACAACGACUCUUGUAUGUGCUCGCUGUAUGGACCCACUUAUUCUGUCAACCAAUGGAGCGGCCAGUGAGGACAAGCGCAAAGCUCGUAAGGUUUGGGCGCUUCGAUGUGGCCACAUGCUAGACGGCAAGUGCAUCGCUGAGUUGAUGCGACCCCGCCCUCCACCUCCACCUCCAUUUGCUCAGGAAAUAGAAGCAGAGGUUCCGGGAUUUAAAGGCAAAGGCAAAGGGCGAGCCAUGCCUGUCGUUGAGGCGCGGCCCGCAGAAGGGGAAGAAACCCCUGUCGUAUCUUCAGUCGCCGACGAAGACCAGGGUCAGGUACUAGGGAAGCGGAAUCGGACGGGCGACCGGAAGGGUAAAGCAAAGGCACUCGACGUUCCCACGAUACCUAUUCCCAGCGCUUCCCCCACCUCGCCAGUCGAGACAGAGCCUGCAGACACCUCCAUGAGGUCUCGCCUACGUCCGCGUCCUCCCCGUGGACAACCUACUACUGUCCGGGGUUCUGCGAAUGCUUCCGCUGCUGCUUCGGCCCUUGGAAGCGCUACAUCUCCUGUGGCGGCUCGGCCUACACAAGCUCGACGUGGUCGUGCGCCGGCCAGACCCCGUGGCCCUGCAAAGGGCAAAGGCAGGGCGAAGAAGCCGGCGAUCGAAGCUGAACAUCUCUGGGCUUGUCCCAUUGCUGGUUGUAGUCGCCCCCACAAGAGUGUAUGCACGGAUGGCGAGUGGAAGAUGGACGACCAGAUGGGUGCCAUCGGAGUUUUCGUCUAG